AGACUUUCAUGUAUUUGUUUUACUUCAUCAACACUAGAAGUACAUAGCCUUCGGUACUACCAGUGUGAACUAAUUCGACAUCUUGACAGCAUGAUAACAUGAGUAAAUAUCUUUCUAUAUCAGAAGAGUGGGUAAAAGAGAAAGUCAAAAUUUGCGGUGAAAAUCUAGAGGACAUAAAAACAUUAAUACUACAAGGAAAUUAUGAGGAAAAAAUUAGCUGCCUUGGGACUUCGUUAUUGCAUUUCUCAAGGUUAAAAAUUUUGGAUCUAUCAAGAAACGUAUUGAAAUCUAUCAGAGUAAUAUUUUCUAUACUUGUCACUUCUACAAACAGGGUAUCGAACACAUUAGGACUUUGGAAGUAUUAAACCUAUAUUACAAUUGUAUAGAAGAGAUAAAUGAACUUCGAGUUCUAUCUUUCAACCAAAAUAUCAGGGAUUUGGACCUCAGGCUGAAUCCGGUUUCGCGUAUAAACUCCGAUUACAGGCUUUAUCUCACGUACAUCCUUCCCAAACUAAAAACGCUUGAUUGUCGUAUGCUGAGAGAUGCGGAAAGGAAGGCAGCCAUUUCUUUCUUUGGAACUGACUCUACAGUUGAUAUCUGUCCUUUGUCCAUGUUAAGGAAACUUGAUGAUAUGAGAUCCCCUAAAGCCAGUAAAGCUAGACUUGACCAUAGUCCGCACUUUAUUGAAAACACAGAUCGCCCAUUAAAAUGUUACCAAAAUCAUAAUAAAUCUUCACUAAAUCUGGAUAUAUGGCCAUGUGAUGGUUAUACUACUUUGAAUAAUCCACUAGUUUACGACGUGGAGGCUUAUGAUUUAUCAACUAGAUCGCAAGAUCCAUGGACAAGUAAUAUUUUACGUGCUGAUUCAAAACCCAGAUUAAUGCUACCACCGCUUGAUCCUCCCAGAGGUAUCAAACAUGCUGAGUUCUACAAUUGUAAAGAGAGACUACAAACAGAAUUAGAAUUUUCUGUACUCGGAAGAAAAGAUAAUGUUGAUGAAAAUGGACCGAUUAUUGACAAAAAUGGCCAUCAAUCUCAUAAGGAAUCCAGUGAACGAUGUUUAACCGUUGUCCCUUCAGAUGUUAAAUUAGGAAAUGGUCCACGUAUACCACCUAGAGGAAAACGUUUCACUCCAUCUUCUAUACUCUCGAAUCCAAAUGUCAAAAAAACUUCAGUAGAACAGGAUAAAAGUGAAUAUAUUUCUGAACUCAGUAAACAUUCCGAAUCUUCAUGGAUGAGGAAUGACUAUAUAGACAGUUAUUCAAAUGAAAAGAUAGAUAAUGCAUUUUUUCUAAUAAUGAAAGUAAGAAUUAUUUAAUUAAAAUUAUUGUUUAUUUAAUGCAUCAAAUUUUUAUGCCUACAUACGAGUUCAAAGCAAAUUAUACAUCUCAAGAAAAUGUAGAAUUAAAUGAAUACAGUAAAAUUAGCUCAUUUAAAAAGAUAAGAUAGAAUACUAUGCAGUAAAUAGCUAUUACGAAGUAGAAUAAGUCGCAUUCCACACUAUGCCCUCCCUCAUUUCGAAUCAAAGUAUAAUUAUUGUUCAUACUGUUUUCGUUGCUAAUUUGUCAUAUUAACUUUUCGUCUUAUGUAGUUUUGGUUUUGGAGUUAGCAGCUUUUUGCUUUAUUGUGUAAUUAUGUUGCCUUUGUAAAUAUGAUUUCUUCACCUGUCAGUCUACCGACAAUUUUUGUCACAUCCUGAUUUAAAUAAAUCUGAAUUUUAUAUCUUCUCACUUGGUAUUUUAUGUCAUGAACUUGUUUCAGUCAGACAACCAUUGAUAAGUAAGAAGAACCAGUGAGGUCGUUAGUACAAACUGCUCUCGAGUUUCACCCUAAAAUGAAACAACCAGUAUCCUACUUGGUUUUCAUUAGUCGUCAGAUAAAAUUCGAUUCGUAAUUCAAACGUCAAACUUCUCAAUUUCCACAAAUCUCGUACUCUAAGCGUUAUUCUUUAUUCAACACUUAUCAAAAUGUCAGGGAGACUAUAAUUUUUGGACGACCCUUGAGGAACGCUAAAAUGAACUUGGAAUGUCCACCUACCUACUAGGGUUAAAUGAGGAGUAUGGAUUAGUGUGAGGAAUUAUACUUAGGAUUUACAGUUGGAUGUUAGAUUUGUUGGUUUUAUCACGAACUGAUAUCAGCUAUAAUGCCAAAAUAACAUUUAACAAAAUGAGUGAAUGAAUUCUGCGCCAAAAUUCAAGACCUGAUAUCUUAUAUAUGACUGUUUCGUCCAUAGAUUAUAGCCUCGCCAAAGUAUCUUUUGCACUGGACUGGCACCAGACGUAACUUUUUGCUGUAAUCAUCUGAUCACUGCGUUAGUUUUCGUCAUUUAAUUUAAUUUCUGCUAUCAAGACAAAACUGGAUAAACCUUUAGUGCAUUAGACAAAUGCUUUUCAUUCCCAAAGGAUCUUCAUCAAUAAUUUAAAACCUGAACGAAAAUCGGUAUGUUGUCAAUAAAUAACAAACAAAAUAUACUUUACAAAUCCAAUCAUAAAAUACACAUUAUACGCUUAACAAACUAAUGCAUUCAAAUAAAUAUUAAAACAAGCUAGCGAUCACAGUCGGAAUGUAUUCAAAAAUGGGAAUGUGAUAUAAGUUUACUGGAGAAUAAAGGAUGAAGGUCGUAAAAUAUGGUGAAAAGCUUUCAACUUCAAUUUGACAAAUACAACUAGUAUGAUACACUAUAAAUAAUAAGGUCUCUACAGACAACAAUGACAAAUAGAUAACAAACACAAAGAAAAGUAGGGUGAAUUCCUACUUCGGGACUAUUUUUUUAAGUGUCUUUUUCUAUUCAAUCUGUAUGUGUAAUUUAAUUAAGUGAAUUUAUAAAUUGUUUGAUUGAGGGAUUUGUAAAUAUUAGUUGAAGUCGGAAUUGACUAUCACUAGGAAUCGAUAUAAAAUAGAUAAUUGGUGGAAUAUACCAGGCGCUAAACUACUGCCUUAUAUCUGACUUUUCAAAACGUAUAUCCAUGAUGCCAUCAAGAUACUCACAGUGAACUUUCUGAACUCGUCGCAUGUCUAUAGACCGCUGAAUUAGAAUCCAGCGAUCCAGAUUCCUAUCUUUAACCGAUUCAUGGAUUAUUAUGAUAAUAAUCCAAUGUGAUUGGUAUGCGAGUAAAUGUUUCAGAUCCGAUACGGUUGAACUGUAUAAGUCAUGUUUACUCAUGGAACAUUUGUCAGGGUUGGCAUGCAAAUAUGCUGACAGAGAUUGAUGGAUUGCAAUCGUAAACAUAAAUAACCGAAAAUUACAGAUCCUUAGAAAAAAAGCAUACCCAUUGCACAAAGCGUUGGUUAUCAGGACUCAAUAGAACUCAGGAUAACGUGUCGAGAUUUGAGGCGUAUGGUGCUGGACUCGAGUUUCAUCGUAAAUACCAACAUUGGGAUCCGACUACAUCCGUUAAAAAUGUCAAAAUAAGACAAAAUGUUUGAUAUGGAUUUUAUUCCUGGUCAACUUCAGUAAAAAUAAAAAGUUCUUCAGUAAUGCUUAUCAAUAAACUAGAUUAAUAAAAUGUUUACUGGCUGUUUAUGUUCAAACAAAACGUUUAGUUUAUUCCACUACGAGAUUUUUUUAAUCUGUGAAUACUUCUACAUGAUUGCAUUGUUAUGUUGAUUAAAACCUUAUUUCCGCAAGACUAUUAUAAAUCCGUUAACAAAAUAAUAUAUGAUAAUACUAAUCCCGGUCAUGUUUUGUUUUAUCCAUCUACAUUGUUUUACUAGGAAUAAUCUGCAUUGUUGUUUGUCUACUGUCAACUAUUACAGUGUAUUUAUUGGGCAUCAGUAAAUACAUGUAUAUAUAGUAUUUUUAAAAUCGUCACAAACAAUGAAAACAUUUGUAAAAUUUAAUUUUAAAACCUGAAGGAACUCAAAAAUAAUUGGAUUGUUUUCUUAGUUUACAAAUACGAACACGUAAAAGAAAUCUAUUUAUAUGUCUGUCGUAAAUAACCAUGUUCUUCAGAAAGAGAUAUGACUUGAUUGAAAUCAUUGGAUAAAUUAUUAAUGAAUUUUCAUCAUUCUUCCCCCCCCCGCGGUUAUUUUUCACUUGUUUUAAUGUAGUUGUUGAAAUCUUGUGUAAGUUGUUUAAUGCUAAUCUCAGAUCUUAGUGAUUUUAUAAUUGAAAAUAGAUAAAAUUGGUUUUUAUCUGUGAAUCAAGUUAUCACAUUGAAUCCUGUGAGAAUAUACCUUAACAGAUCCAACUGCUGCACACCAUGAAUCGUCAUUUGUUUAAUUUAAUGAAAUAUUUAUAAAAAUAUGAUUCUUUUAUUUUAAAAGGUAACAAUGAUCUUUCAACACAGUAAAUGUAUUUCUCAUAAUGUAAGUAUUUAAAACUAGGAUAGAAUAAGGAUUUAAAAUGUAUCUGUCAUGUCAUAUAGUAAUAUUCUGUGACUUUUGACAAUUUGAAAGUCAACGUUCAACGAUUCCACAGAUUUUUGUCGGUAUAAGAUUGUGAAGAUUGUUUAGUUUCACUGAAAUCAUGGACCAACCAAUAUUAGACAAUCAUUGAAAACCUGAAAGCACUGAACUACUGUUUCGUCCUGAUAUGGGACUACACAGCACUGUGCAUCCACGAUCCCGCACGCAGAAUUCGUACCCAGCACCAUCGGCAUCGCGCGCGAACGCUUAAACUCUAGACUGCUGAGCCGACAUCCAUCGUCGUCAAUGCUUAAAUUCAGCCAAUCCACGAUAGUGAGCGACCAUCUUCCAAUGUCUUCGGUGGGUAACUGCCUCACACCUGACACGGAUCAAAUCAACUGUUCAUGGAUUCUCACUGGGGGUUUUCUUUCUUUAAAAAGUAAAAAUGUCUGAACAGAGUGGGCUCCAAACAUAAAUGAUCGCUAGUCAAAUGUGGGAGUAAACCUUUUUUGAGUCUACCCAUUUGUAUGUAAGUCCAUGAUAUUGUUUGUUUCUUCAAGAUAGUUAUCAGUCCACUACAUGACUUUUGAAUGUAAUGUCUAGUUGUUCAGUACGUUCACUUGUCUAGAAAAUCACAGCUUAAUAUCAUUUUGGUUAUCAAUAUGAAAUGAAUCAAUUUAUUCAGUAUUCUCUAGUCCAUAUUGAUUCUCUGGUUGUUAUCAUUUUGUGGUGAAAAUCAGCUUUAGUCACUCUGUCUAAUUCUUCUGCUAUGAAAUGGUAAAUACUUAUCUUUCCAUGGUUCACAGAAAUAUAUUGACCUAGAAUGUUGAAAUGUGCACUAUAAGUUACUAAUAAUAAGCUCUUAAUCUAUGUCACUAGAACAAAGUUACAAAACAUACUGUAUUCGCUCAAACAAAGUAAUAAGAUCUGAGGAAACUCCGGAAGUUAACGAGACAGUCAUUGCAAUCUCACAAAAUCCCAACUAAGCAAUACAAUUAUUUUAUAUAAAUAAUUGUGGAUGACCCUAAUAUAUAUGAAAAAUAACGACAUACUAAACGAUUAAGUAACCAAUGAGUUGGCAAAAAACAUAAUUGAGGAAGAUCUGGAUUUCUGAGUCAUCAGAAACUUAUGAAGCACAAACAUCGGGAUUUCAAUCAUACAUGGAAAAUCAAAAACCUGAGCUCCGUCCUAGCUUCUUAACCAGCCUUCUAAUUGAUUGUUUCUUUCUGAUUUUACUCCGGACAGCGUUAUUCAACUGAAAAGCACUUCACUAAGAAUAUUUCAUUUAAGGUAACAAUCUAGUAUCAUAUAAAACCAUAAAUAAUUGAUGGAAAAUUAUUGUAACAUAGGAGCAUGUGAGAAAUCAGACUUCGCGCUCAAAACUAUUUCGGUCAUUUUAACUGAAAAUGAUUUGAUUGAUCAAAAUUUCAAGUGUAAAAAAGUAGAAUAUACCAGCGAUUAAAACUAUCUUAAUAAUACAAAAUGAAUGAUUCUAAUGUACUUAAAUGUCAACGUUACGUUAAUUAUAGCCUAUAGUCUUUACAUUGUAACCGAUGUGUAAGAUAACUGAGUGUAUCCCAAUAAAAUGUGUAUGUACCUAUGACCAACAAUUAAACAUGAUGUUACCAUCUUCUGGUGGUCGACUGGGUUAUGAAGACCUCAACAUCUUAAUGGAAACACGGAAUACAACGGACAGAAAGUUUGGAUUUCGCAAGUGACCUAACUCUUUUAUCCCAUACAUACCAACAAAUCCUGGUAAAGACAACCAAUGUAGCACCAGCCUCUGCGGUAGUAGGCCUCAACAUACACAAGAGGAAAAGCAAGAUCCUCAAAUGCAACACGGAGAGAACCAACCAAGUCACACUUGAUACAGACGCUCUGGAAGAGCUGAGACAAUUAUCUACCUCAGUCAAUUGAUGAAGGGUUAUGAAAGAUUAUGGCAUUAACACCAUCGCAUGCCAGCCGACUCAGUGUUCUAGAGAUUAAGCGUUCGCGCGCGAGACCGAAGGUCAUGGGUUUUCGUCCCGUGUGUAGGACCGUGAUUGCGCACUGCUGGGGAGUCCCGUACUAUGACGAAACGGCCGUCGAGUGCUUCCAGGUUCUCAAUGGUGUUCUGGCAUAGGUCGACUUGUGAAUUCACUCACCUCUAGGAUCUUCCUUCAAUCCCCUCUUCAUGUGAUAGCUUGUUUGUUCCCAGCCACAGUGGAUGGUCGCUGACGAUGUCUAGUCAAGGGAAAUUGAGUAUCUUGCGUAGACAACUGUUUACAAAUGCCUGUACCUUUUUGAUGACGGUUGUGGUAGUUCUCCACCUUUCAGCUACAUACAGUAGAACUGUCUUGACCUUUGUAUUAAAGAUUCUGACAUUAGCAAUUAAAUUGACAGUUGUUUUAAUUUCCAUAUGUUUUUCAACUGUAGAAAUGCGUACCUUGCUUUGUCAACCCUCACCUUUACGUCUGCAUCAUAUCCUCCUCGUUUAUCAAUGAUGCUUCUCAGGUUCUUAAAACGUUUUAGCUCUUCCAGAGCGUCUGUAUCAAGUGUGACUUGGUUGGUUCUCUCCGUGUUGCAUUUGAGGAUCUUGCUUUUCCUCUUGUGUAUGUUGAGGCCUACUACUUCAGAGGCUGGUGCUACACUGGCUGUCUUUACCAGGAUUUGUUGGUAUGUAUGGGAUAAAAGAGUUAGGUCAUCUGCUAAGUUCAAAUUUUCUAGUUGCAAUAUGCAGUGAAAAACAAUUUUAAUGCACAAUAUUACAACUAUACAUAAUACUAAAGUAACCACCUAUAUUAGAUUCAUUCAUACUCAUUGAUAAAUAUCUCAUGAUUAGCAAUAAUUUGACCAUAAAUUUUGAUUCAAACUUUUCUCAUGUUAUCUGUAGAAUUUUAUUGAAGAAGCGGUUUCAGAAAGCUUUGCUCGUUAUAAAAUAAGUGAACUAAAAAAUAAUUUAUCGAAAUAUUCUUCGAAUAAUGGUUCAUUCACUGCUGUACCAUCUACAACAUCUUCCACUAGUCGAAUUUAUUCAACCAUUGGUAAAUCACAAUCAAAUCCACACAUAGAUGUAACAUCUAACGGUCAUACAAAAAACACCAGUAACCAUAGCAAUGAUGUUAACAGUAAUUACAUAGAUGAAAAUAAAAAUCAUACAUUUCAAGAAGAAUUACUCAAUGGAAGUCGUAUCUUAAGCUUGGAGCAGUCAAGAAGACCUCAAGAGAAAAGAAUGGAAGUGAGUGAAUUCAAACAAGAAGGAAAUGAAGCAGAAAUCUCCAGAAGAGAUUAUUUUCCAUCAACGACUAGAGAUAGUCCUAAAUUAAUUCAAGAUGACAAUAUAAGAAAUAAAGAACUAGAAUGUGAAAAUUCUCGAUUGACAGCUGAAGUAGAACGAUUGAAAACACGUUUAAAAUUGUAUGAAGAAACGAUUCCGAGUCAAGGCUUGGUUCGUGAUACAAUUUCGUGAUUUCCGUAAUGUAUGUCCUAUCCACCACCAGCGUCUUCCCCAAUCUCGUCUUCAUGUGAAAUCUUGUUUGUUCCCAGCCACAGUGGAUGGUUGCUGAUGGUGCCUGGCCAAGGGAAAUUGAGUAUCUCGCGUAGACAACUGUUUACAAAUGCCUGUAUCUUUUUGAUGACGGUUGUAGAUGUUCGCAACGUUUCCGCUCCAUACAGUCGAACAGUCUUGACAUUCGUAUUAGCGAUUCUGACAAUAGCAAUUGAAUUCACAAGUCGACCUAUGCCAGAACACCAUUGAGAACCUGGAAGCACUCGACGGCCGUUUCGUCAUAGUACGGGACUCCCCAGCAGUGCGCAAUCACGGUCCUACACACGGGACGAAAACCCAUGACCUUCGGUCUCGUGCGCGAACGCUUAAUCUCUAGAACACUGAGUCGGCUGGCAUGCGAUGGUGUUAAUGCCAUAAUCUUUCAUAACCCUUCAUCAAUUGACUGAGGUAGAUAAUUGUCUCCGCCCGACAUGGAUCGUAUCCCUCUGGUCAUGGCUUCUCACUUUGUUGUUGACUGAGACGAGUUUUCGAUUCCAUAUGUCCUUGAACUUUAGGAAUCUUGUCCUUGCUCUGCCGAUGCGUGCCUUCACAUCUGCAUCUUAUCCUUCUCGUUUAUCAAUGAUGCUUCUCAGGUUCGUAAAACUAUCCACCUCUUCCAGAGCUUGAUUGAUUCUCUCUGUGUUGCAUUUGAAAGUCUUCCUUUUUCUCUUGUUGAGAUGAAAGAGAAAAGAGUAGAGUAAGUAGCCUUGUCGCAUACCAGUUCUCAAUUGAAAUGCAUAUGAUCGUUUUUCUACAUGCCUAAAGUUGCUGUGUAUUCUGCCGUAUGAAUUUUGCAUGGUGACGACGAUCUUCUCAGGUACAGCAUAAUGUCGAAGCACAUUUCAUUUUGUCGUUCAAUCCGCGUUGUCAAAUACUUUCUUAAAGGCAAAGAAUUUGAUGUUUGGUGAAGGGUUUUAUCCUAUUGAUUGCUCAUCAACGACCCAUAGUUUCGCGUUUUGGUCUGUCCUUUACCGAUUCAUAUGGAAUCUAGCCUGUUGAUUAUGAAGUUGGACGUCUACUGAAUCUUUCAUCCAGUUCAGCAACACUGUUGAAAACCUUUCCUGGCACUGAUAGUAGUGUGAUGCCUCUGUAGUUCUCACAUUUGCUCAGAUCUCCUUUCGUUGGUAUCUUGAUGAAGUAUCCUCGAUUCCAGUCCAUCGACACUUGUUCUUCCUCUCAAAUAUUCCUGAAUAGAAUGUGCAGCAUGUUUGUAGUUACUUCGAUGUCUGACUUUGGUGCUUCAGCUGCUAUAAUGUCAGGUCGUGCUGCUUUCCCGCUCUUGAUUUUUCUGAUGACCAUCCUGAUUUCUUCGAUUGUUGGUGAAGUGACACCUAUAAGAAGGUCUGUAGGUGUUGCAUCGAUAUAUGAUGAGUUCUGUGGGGCUUUUCUGUUCAAGAGUUCCUCGAAGUGUUCUACCCACCUGCUCCUCUCUCCUUGAAUUUAGGUGACUGACCUCCUUUGUUGAUUCUGGACUUUUUGCUCGGGUUUACAAUAUUUUCUUGCUAGUUUCUUCGUUGCAAUAUUUGGUUGUUUCAUAUUUCCUUCUCUUGCAGCUGUUUCCACUGUCGCUUCCAGGCCUUCCACGUAUUUCUGCUUGUCAGCUCUAAUAUUUCUCUUCACUUUCUUGUUUUCUUCAGUGUAUUCGGUCGGUGUCUUGGCUUUACGUGCUCUUGUUCGGCUGUUCUUAACUGGUGUCUUCUUGUUCCUCCUUAUUUGAAUCUUGCUCAGCGAUCCAUUCAUUUUGAUGUUUCUUGGAGCUCAGCACUUCUUGGUACUUUGAAGUUAAUGGUUUUUUUAUCCUUUUCCAAUUGUCCUCCACACUAGUUCCGUCUUCCAGUUGAUCUUGUAAGGCUUAGAACCUGUUGCUAAUUACAUUACUACAGUCUGAUUUUUGGAUAUAUAUUAUUGCCAAAUAUGUAGUAAACUAAACUGGACGCUAAAACAUAAUUGUUUAUAGCAAUUAACGCAUUAAGGACAAAUUAACCAUAUGUUUUACCAACUACUUAAAUGACAUUGUAGCUUGCAUCCGCUAUGAAUUCAAAUAUGACUGCAUUUCAUCCUGUCAUGCCUUUAUCUCUGACUAAUUCACACGAAUCAGCAGGCGGAAAUAUCAGUUUUAAUAUAAAUGCCGGGUCUACGAUGAAACGUACAAUGUCCUUAAUGUCAUCAAAUCCAAAUUUAACAACCAAUCCAAAGACAUCGUCCUCAUAAAUAAUCCCUAGUGGAUUAAAUUUUGAAAAUGAUCUUACACGUCAGGAACAAUUUUCUUAUAAUGCUUAGUUGUAAUAAUCAUGAAGAGAAUCAGCUGAAUUCAAUACCACGUAUUCAGAAUUUAAUAAAUUAAUAAGCCUUUUCAGGAAGUUCAGUAUAGUUUGAUGAAAGCACUUAGUGCUUCGUUAAAUAUAUAAUAACAUUUUCAUCCGUUUUUUCAUCAAAUUACUGAACUAAUUGAAUUUUGAACACAGCUUUUGUUUUAGGCUACUAAUUAACUUUAAAAAAUCCAGCCUUGACGUUGAAUUCUUUUGUCAAUUGACAUGUUAACUUGUAUUGUUUUUAUUCCCAAUUUGUUUUUUGUUGUUUUAUUCUAGACAUUUAUUUUCAUUGUUUUUCUUGGUCUCAUUCUAUACUACUAAACGUUUUAAAGUAAUAUACACAUAUCACAAAAUGGAAAUGGAAUUUAAUGAAUUUUUUUCUUCCUCUAAAAUCAUUACUGCUUUUGUGAAUUGUUUUUUGAAUCACCAAUUGUAUGCACAAACAUAUCAUGACGUUUCGUUUAUUCUGUGAUUUGUUGUAAUUCUUCCCACACUUUUAUUUACUGCUGUCGUUUGUAAGUUCUGUUAUUGGAACUUCUCCAACUUAACAACUAUGUACGUAUUGUAGUACUUCAAUUCACCUCCCGAUAUUGAAUUUUCUCGGGUUUUGAAAAAACGAAUUAUUAUGUUUCUACUGAACUGCGAAUUUUUAAUUUUUGCCGACAAUAUGUUUCUUUUUCUGUUGUACUUUUUCCUUCCUUUUCAAAUGUUUCAAAUAAACUGUUUAGCCAAACUAUUAAUAGAAAGGGUUUUUGUCUG